UGAUACCCGAAGCUGCAGUUUUUACCUUUUAGCAGUAGAGCUAGAAAGUGAAGACACUUGAAGUGCUAACCAUGGAGAACUCGAAAACAAGCGACAAGCUAUCUGCCUUUUUAGAAUCUGGAAUUUACAGAUUCGAGAAUUCAAAUGUUGUUUUUAUUGACCCGGUUCGAAUGUUAAACCGGUCCUAUACCCGCUUCAGGUCUUCACCAUCUGCCUACUAUUCUCGUUUCUUCGAUUCCAAAGAAACUAUUGUAACUUCAGAUUCAAAGAAACGAAAGCGAAAGGAGAAGAAGACACCCCACGACUUAAACGAAAGAGAACAAGCUGCUACUCUGCGUCACCAGCAAGCGAGGCCUAUGUUGUUGAAGGCCCAUGGAUUUUUGAUGGAAGCUACUGAUCUCUUAGCGAUUAUGAAGGAUUUAAGGGGUGGCAGUAAUAUCUGUUCUUCAACAGAAUUGAGUGAACAACACUCUUUUAUUGAGCUUGGAAAGGUCUGGCAAGCUCCUCUCUAUGAAAUCGUUCUUAAAGGUGCUUGGAAGGGGUUAGAAAGAGUGGUUCCUGUUUUUAACAAUUUGGUUGUUAACGAGACAAGUGAUGAUAUGGAGGCAGAAUUUCUAAACAAUAAAUAUAUAUUGCCAAGAGAGAGUUGCUUCUACAUGUCUGAUUUGGGGCAGGUUCACAACCUUAUUCACGAAUGCAAUGUUGGCUUCAAUCUUAUAGUGAUCGAUCCACCAUGGGAAAAUGGAAGUGCUCGUCAAAAACUUAGGAGAAAUUUUGAGCUGCAAUUGCUGUCUUCAACAAGUACCUUUUGCCCCAAUUUGAACAUCAGUAAUUAUGUCAACCUCGUCCUUUUUUUCUUGUCAUAUAGGUACCCAACUCUGCCAAACUGGUAUUUCUUAUCCCUUCCUAUUAAGCAACUUGCUCAUCCAGAUGGUGCACUUGUAGCCUUGUGGAUGACCAACAGAGAGAAAUUGCAUAAUUUUGUUCAGAAAGAGCUAUUUCCUUCAUGGGGAGUCAGUCACGAAGCUACUUAUUACUGGCUGAAGGUGAAAGCAGAUGGCUCACUGAUUAGUGAUUUAGAUCUCUUUCAUCAUAGACCUUAUGAAUGCCUUCUAUUGGGCUAUUUUCAUGGACAGGGCACAAAUUCUAAACAGCCGCCAAGGCUGAGACCUAUAAAACAUGAUCAAAUCAUCAUAAGCAUCCCAGGGGAGUACUCGAGGAAGCCUCCAAUUGGAGAGUUGCUGCUGGAGCAUGUUCCAGACUUUAAACCUGCUCGAUGUAUUGAACUAUUUGCUAGAGAGAUGACAGCUGGAUGGACUUCUUGGGGAAAUGAACCUCUUCAUUUUCAACAGUCGACAUCUUUUGUAAGGGAUGAGAUCGAUGAUACAUCCUGAUGAAGGCACUUUUGUAGUGAACUUGCAAGGGAGCCUGGAGCUGUUGGCAUCCCUCUUUUCCAAAUAUAUGCUCCUUAUUACAUUUGCGUGCAGGUAGCAAGCAGGUGGUGAACUGGUUUGGUCACCAUGUUCAAAAGCCAACCAGUUCCGGAACAAGAGUCUAAGUAGUGUGUUAUUGUGGUCACUUUGCCGGUCCCAGCUAAUGGAAAUGAUUUUUUUAACAUGUGCAAUGAGUAUUCAGAUCAGGCAAACGAGAUUAGGAUAGUGAAGGAGGAGAGGAUGUUCUGGGAUAUUCAUGGAAUGCUUUUCCUGAUAUUCAAAGAUGCAUAAAAGUUUCACUAGGCAAUCUGGAGUAGAUUGAAACAACCUGAGCCCUUCCUUGUGUUUGUAUCACUUCUCCCAAUUCUGUACUUGAGACCGUGAGGCAUCUCAGAAUUUCCCAGUAAAGGAUGUACUUGGUAGGUCUAGAGAAAAAGGUCCCACAGAGAGUCUAACAUCGUGCACGCUUGCGAAGGAUUUCUGACCACCGGCAACUGACCUGAGGGUUGUUUGUGAUUGCUAUAACAAAAUCACCUGCCACUAUACUAUCUCAUGACCUAUCUGGGCAAGUGAUCAUCCAUGCCGUAACAAUCCUAUCCAUGUGUUCUUGUGUUUGUCUCUCAUGUGAUAAGUCUGUAAUGCAAUCUAUCAAAUAUUUCACGAAAUAGGUUCUCCUGUAAAGAAUGAAAAAAAAAAGGUUACAGGAGAAGGAGCUUACCAUUCUGCAGAGCUUUAAAAAGAAAACAAAGGAAAAGGACUGCAACUAGAAAAGUUUCCAGCUCCUGCAAAUAGCAUAAAACUGGCUUUGAAAUACAUGUAUCGGAAGAAGCUUCGUGUUGUGGAACU